AAUGAUCGAGUCAUUGAAUCAUUCAGAAUCAAACGAUUCUUUUACUGAUUCAAACAACAUUGCUAGCGUGUUGUAGCUGUGUUGAUUCUCUUGUGACUUAUUCUGGAAAUAUUUUCGCUGGUGGAGAAAAAUAGACAACGUAUCUGGCAAUAUUGUGUCUAAUAUAGGUGCCUGUGUGUACAUGGACAGGGGCAGCUCCUAAUAUCUACAGACAACAGAGAUGGUAGGAGCACAAAUAGAAGGACUGUGGGAACACAAGAAGUACUGGAAACAUCUCGCUCAGUAGCAUAUGUAGUUAAUCAAGCGGAAGUUUUUUUGGCUUUUUGAGAACACGUUCAACCAGUGGGUGACAUGGUGAUAGCAGCGCUGGAGUUGAUGGGGUUCUUUUUUGGCCUCUUUGGCAUGCUGGGGACCCUGGUAGCCACUCUCCUGCCAUAUUGGGCAACGUCCGCACACAUUGGCCCCAACAUCGUGACAGCGGUAGUCACCAUGAAGGGUCUAUGGAUGGAGUGUGUCUACCAGAGCACCGGAGCCUUCCAGUGUGAGACCUACAACACCCUUCUGGGGCUCACCGCUGAUCUACAAGCAGCCAGGGCCAUGAUGGUCAUCUCCUCCAUCUUUUCCGUCAUGGCCUGCGCGGUGUCCACCGUUGGCAUGCAGUGCACCGUCUGCAUGGAUGGGUCUUCGGUUAAGAGCAAGGUGGCUGGGAUAGGUGGUUCUCUCUUCCUCCUGGCAGGGCUCUUGUCAUUGAUACCUGUGUCUUGGAAGACCCAUGAGGUGGUGCAGACCUUCUACAUGCAGAACAUGCCAGCCAGUCUAAAGUUUGAGAUAGGUGACUGCCUAUACGUGGGCUUGGCUUCUUCGCUUUUGUCCAUGCUAGGUGGAGGGCUGUUGAGUGCAUCCUGUUGUGACGAUUUGGAUGGUAGCAGGGGAACCAGACGCCAUUACCCCUACCCUGACCGCACCGGACCACGUGGACCGUCCCAUUCGAUGCCCUACCAUCCAGCCAUAAACCCCAACCUUGCCAACAAGAACCAGACCCUUAACAGCCAUACAAGCACUAGUACCCACUCCACUGCGCCAGCUCAGGAUUCCAGGAAAUCAGCUCGGCACAACACAGCAGCUGGGUAUGAUGUCACAGGCUACGUUUGAGGAUUUGUGCUAAUCGUUUUGUACCAUUUUUCCUAAAAGCACAGAAGUGAUUAAUACUUGGACUCUCAAAAGACUCUUAUAAUAGGCAGAAUGCUGGAUUAAAGGAACACUCCACUAUUUUUGAAAAUAGGCUCAUUUUCCAACUCCCCUAGAGUUAAACAGUUGAGUUUUACCGUUUUCCAAUCCAUUCAGCUGAUCUCAGGGUCUAGCGUUAGCACUUU